UCUUAAGUGUAAAUUGCUCGUCCGCAUCUGCUCGAGAGAAUUUCGUGAAUUCCCCCAAAAAAAACCCAAAAACAAAUAAAAUGAAAUUCUUCAUGCUGUUGGCCCUGGCCCUCGUGGGUGUUGCUUGUGGUGCCCAGCUUCCCGACUCCGCCACCCAGGGACCCAAUCCUCAGGAUAUUGCUACUCCCGAGCCCGAGUACAUUGACAUUGAGGAUCCUGCCCCAGUGGCCUCCGCUCCUGCCCCCCGUCCCGUGGCUGCCCCUGCUCCGCGUCCGGUGAUCGCUGCUCCUGCUCCCAUUGCCCGUCCCGUGGCUCGUCCUGUGGUCCAGUCCUUUGUCCAGCAGCCCGUGCAGCAGCAGCAGAUUCUGCAGCGCCAGUACCUGGCGCCAGUGGCCCAGCAGAUCCAGGUGGCUCCCGUCCAGCAGCUGGCGGGACACACGUACAGCAGCCGGGCCGGCUACCAGUACCGUCGUCCAGUCUAUGUAAGACGCUUCUACCGUCUGCGCCGCUACUAAGACGGACGGCUAGCCCUUAACUAUAUUUAAUACAAGCUCGACAAUCCUAGUAAUCCCUCCUAUAUUUUGUCGUUUCUCUUCCUUCUCCCACUCCGAACUCCGAACUAUCCGCACCAAAACUCCAAUCCAAUCCCAACCGAAUCAAGCAUUAACCAAUACCUAAACCACGCACCCAUUACCAAGCACUGAAAACCCACUAUCUCCAACUAUCAAAACUAUCCAACUAUCGUUACCUAAUACAAACCUAAUCCUAGAACGAACCCAUCAAAGAAACGACGAACAAGAACAAGAACACGAACAAGAACAAGCCAAGAUCAAAAGCAUAAAGAGCGAAGUACAAAGAGACAAAUGAUGUUCUAAGACAAAGAUCGAAAAACGAAGUAUUCAGUUAUU